UAUGUCGUGCGACCUGCAAAGAGCAGUCCCGUUUUCUUGGGCUCCUCUCCCGUCGAUACGUAUUAGCUGCUGGGAUAGCGACAGACACACAUCACUAAAUGGGGUUCUUGUGCGCUCUACGAGCAAUGUCAUAAAACCCAAGCACCAAUAUGCUUAGUUAUCUAUGAUCAGCACACUAGUAGCACGAUGCUCAUUUGACCCCUCGCCUCAUGAAUAAUCAUAACCGGACUGCAUGCACAUCGAGCAUACCGCUCAGCCUGUGAUGUUUGUGUACAGUAUGUGCCACAUGAGCGUGCGCUGAUGAUAGAUGCAGCUUUACGUUGCGCUGUCUUCACACGCUGAUGCUAGCGCAGCCAUCUACUAGUGCUAGACUAUACGCGGCGCUCCGUGACGGUAGGGGAAAUCGGAGGACAAGUGGAGGACUGACUGCAUCCUUAAUGGUCACCUUGGUCACAACAGGAGAAAUGACAUCAACGAUUGUAUCGCAACAGCAUAAGGCUUGACAUCGGUGAUCAUCCACUCGUUCCGGCAAGCCUCGCAUAUUUGUAACUCAAUAAAGUCGGGUAGUCUCUGCUAGGCCUGCUCCAGUAAAACGGUGGAGAUGCUACAGAGUUGGGCAACACUGGGACAUGCAGGGUAGUGAUGCGCCGAUGACGGUUUGGGCACUCGGCCGGCAAUAUGAGCGAUUGGGAUGGAGAAUCUGUCGCCGAGUCCGCCCGUUGAACCGCCGUCCCCUUGGGCCGAGAGACGCUUAUCGCAAAUCGCGUGCGAAGCGGGAUCCAAAAAGCAGUCGCCUUCAGAAGCUGGCCCUCGGCCCUCCCGCGGGACGAUUGCACGGGUAGACAGCGUUGAUUCUUUUCAUGUGACCCUCGAUUAUGCUGAGCCCACUUUGUAUGCCAGAGCAAGUCCGGCAAAUCAGUUUGCCAAAGACAGUACUGAACAUCGAUACCAACAACAUCGUCACAGCGCCACCAAUGCAAACGCCCCCAUGGCCAAUGGGGUCAAGCCAAUCAAGCGACUCAAGCAUCCAGCCGACCAGAGUCUGUUACUUCCUCUGAUUGGCACGCUGGUGUUCGUCUUUCUUGCCUUAGCAACAUGCAUUCCAGUGUUAGUGUUUGCCUUCAUUGUCGUUCCUGUGGCGUACGCUGUCCGGAGACUGGUUUCCUGCCGGCGAUGCGCGUGCGUCGGUUGCCCGAAUCUGCUGUCUGCUGUGGACCGCUACUGGUUGUACGAGACCGAAUUGAACCAAGCUGUGAACCAGAGCUUGCUUCAACUGGACGGCAUUCUGGAGGUCACACGCUUACGGGACCUGCUCCUAGCUCGACUGGUAUCCGCCGAGAACAAACGAGGCAGUAAGUUAUACUCUCGAUUUACACAGCGCGUCAUUCCAGCAGGAUGCGGCUACCAGUGGAGCAACGAUGACGAGUUUAACAUCGAUAAUCACAUAAUCAAAGUUACCGAGUCUUUCAGAACUAAGGCAGAUGUUGUUGGCUACAUUUCCAAACUUUCCUCCCUGGCCCUUCGGCGCGACCGGCCCCUGUGGGAGACACACGUUCUCCAACUGGGGCAAGAACAGCCGGACACGCUCUUACUAUUCCGCAUCCACGCGUGCGUGUCGGACGGGGUGAACCUAAACGAGUUACUGCACAAGGCCUUAGCGGAUACCCACACGAAAUCCCCCGUUAACGUGCCACGGAAAACCCGCUUCGGUAGGCGUGCGCUGGCUUUCAAUGCGAUACGAGCCCUGAUAGUGGGACCGCUCGUCGUCAUCCGGCAGAUCUUGUGCGGCAACGAGGAUUUCAGCCUGUUCCGCGAGAGACGAAUGACGGGACAGAAAGAAGUCACGUGGUCCGAUCCCAUCCCCCUUCCGCCCGUCUACCGUGUUAAACUUGUAACCAGGAGCACCAUGAAUGAUGUGGCCAUGUCAGCGGUGACCGGCAGCCUCAGACUGUACCUCCAGGAGUCGGGCGUGGAGAAUCCAAAGAACAUCCACUCCAACAUGGCCGUGGACUUCCGAGGGUCCGACUCACCGCGCGACAUCGGGCCCCUGGGUAACCGCUUCACACUCGCCAACAUCAAGCUGCCGACGAGCACCGAGGGCGCUAUCCCUCGAUUAUGGGACACCAAACGCCGCCUGGAUGAGCUCAAACUCUCGGCAGAGCAUGUGGUGCUUUACGGCAUGACCAAAGCGGUUAUGACCACAUUCCCCGAGUCGGUAGCUCAGGGGAUCCUGACUUCCUUUUUCGGUGAGAGUAGCUGUACCGUAUCCAACUUGGCCCUGGGUGAAGAUAUCUUGUCGAUAGGCGGCAAGCAACUGAAGAUGAUCCUAUUUUGGAUGUCACCAGGUGACGAGGUUCCCAUUAGUGUGUCCAUACUGACAUAUGCUGGUCAGAUGAGGGUAGCCAUACUAGCUGAUAGAGGGAUCGUACCCAACCCACAACUUAUUGCAGACGAGUUCAAAAGACAGAUAGAGACACUAGUCGGCUUACUAGCGCACCGACGAAUACCAGGAGAGUACAGACGUCGUGCAAUGGACGAAGACGAAGAUGAGGAUGAAGACAUUGAUCCUCUGGAAGAGGAAAUACGCACUCCAUCCUCGGCCUCAAGCAGGAAAAUCCGCCCUCUGUCAGCCAACUGUCUCCAACGACCGAGCUCGCGGUCGUCUUCCGUCAUGCGGCCGCUGUCCACGUCGACGGACGCCAACGAGGCUAACGGCACUCUUGAGGGCGCCAUAGGGUCAAACCGCGAAAUAUCUGACCUGGUGGUCGGCGGCAGGGCUCCCGAAAAGAGGGCUGACAGCAGUUGCAGCAUGGAAUGCGUGAGCUUCUCGGCUGAGGUGAGCCAUUCCGAGGGCGAGUUGGCUUUCGACAUUUCGCCCUGCGUUGAAAGGCGCACCUCGGCCGGCCAUCUUGUUUAGAAAAGCACAAUGCACAAAAACCAACCGAAUUAUUUCAAUAUUAUUUAUUCACAUUAUAAUGCAAUGAAAAUUGUGCAAUUUGUAGCUAUGAUAAUUUUAAUGUCUAGGGUAACCUUUUUUUUGUUCUCUAUAGUACUACAUUUUCGGUUUACACGUUAACUAAUUUUCGACUUAAACUUUGUACUGAGUUAAUUGUAUCCAGCUGCUCCUUUAUGUCCCAUCUCUUUGUUACUCUUAGUAAGCGCUACACACAUUUGUAACACAGGUCACCUUAUUGAGUAUGUAUUAUACUUUUCUUCAUUUGGAGCAGUCUGAAUUUUAUAGAGAUAUCACUAAACAAGGAACAUCAGGAGAUUUUAAAUCUGCCAUAACAUUCGUUUUGUUUAGGUGUAUUAGAAAUGAUUAUUACAAAUGAUCAUUGUGAUUCCCAAACCCCAUUCCAUCAAAUUGCAUUGUCUUUAAGGUGUAUUGUUGUUUCCGUGAAACUUUAAAUGUAGCGGUACUGUGCCAAAAUGGAGGAUACAUCGAUUGUAAGGUUGCCAAAUGAUAACGACCAUUUUUUCACUAAUGCCACUAAUGUUGUGCUUUCAAGCCAUAUUUUACAGGUUUUUGGAUUUGAUAACUUUCGUGUAGCGUUGCAUGUUCGAUCGAUUCAACCCCCGGAGCGAAACUGAUUUUACAAUUUUUUGUAUGACGGAUGAGAAAAAAAAUGUAUUCCGUGGAUUGUGUAACACAAUGGCAAAGGUGACCCCAAAAAAUGCAAAGCUGAAACCUUUGCCUUUUUUUUUCUUCAAAAACGUAAUCUGUGAAUUUUUGUUGCUUAAUAUUUAAUUUGACCAAAUAUUUAAAACAACAUGACACAUUGUAUGACAAGAGUACAAAUGAGUUUGAUAGAAAUACAUUUGAUUUUCUACACAGUGGCGCGCCCAAGGGGCGGGGG